AUCGAUAAUAUUUUUAUCGUUAAUAUGUCAGUGUCGAUUGUCUUGACUAUCGAUGAUUCUCAAAAGGAAAAGGUCGGUGAAUCCAAUAGAGUUGCUCUCGAUGACUCGGAUGAUAAUCCCGUCAAAAUUCUCACCAACAUUGAGAUUUACAAGCACCCUAAGGAAGAAAGGAUUGCAAGGACUUGGGGAACUACGGCCCCUGGCCUACCAUUUGUUGAAGAAACAAUAACAAAUGCUGGAAAUUGGCUAAUUGGAGGUGACUUGGAGGUUAUAGAGCCAAUCAAGUACCAUGAUGGCCUUGAUCGUUUUCGGCUGUCACCGGUGGAACUACAUCAAAAGUUUGAAAGGCGCAAUGCUGAUGCUGUGUUUGCUUUCCAGCUCAGGAAUCCUGUUCACAAUGGCCAUGCUUUGCUAAUGACUGAUACUCGUCGUCGGCUUCUUGACAUAGGCUACAAGAACCCCAUUUUGCUUCAUCCUUUGGCAGGCUACACAAAGGCAGAUGAUGUUAGUUGGCGAAUGAAACAACAUGAGAAGGUCCUUGAGGAUGGUGUUCUUGAUCCUGAAACAACUGUGGUGUCUAUAUUCCCAUCUCCUAUGCACUACGCUGGCCCAAAGGAAGUGCAGUGGCAUGCUAAGGCUCGGAUUAAUGCUGGGGCCAAUUUUUACAUUGUUGGUAGAGACCCAGCUGGCAUGGGCCAUCCAGUUGAGAAGAGAGAUCUGUAUGAUGCCGAUCAUGGGAAAAAGGUGUUGAGCAUGGCUCCAGGACUUGAGCGGCUGAACAUCCUUCCUUUCAGGGUUGCUGCGUAUGAUAAGACCCAAGGUAAAAUGGCUUUCUUUUAUCCCUCAAGGGCUCAAGACUUCCUCUUCAUAUCAGGCACCAAGAUGCGGACACUUGCAAAGAACAAAGAGAACACUCCUGAUGGAUUUAUGUGCCCUGCUGGCUGGAAAGUGCUGGUCGAAUACUACGACAGCUUGACACCAUCAGACAAUGGCAAAAUUCCUGACGCUGUUCCUUCGUAGAUGAAUUUCCUGUAUCAUAAUGUAUUUACCAUCUGAUUGGGAGAAACCAUAACACUAUUUAUCUCCAAUGUGUGAUCUAGAUAUUGUAAAGUUUCUCUGUUCAGAUCUUUUAAUAAAACCGUGCGAGGCACUGGUACAGAGACAUGAAACUUGCCUCCACGUUAGUAGGAUGCCCAGUAUGGCAUCCAGCAUUGGUGCUAUUGGCCCUGAGCCUGAAGGCACAUUGUACUAUAUCGUAUGGUUGUGCUCUUAGGAGGAAAAUGGAUUGUGGGAAAAGUUUGUAGGAUUCCUGUACUUUCUUUGAAACCGUAGACCAGCCAAACACAUCAAGAAUAUCUUAGAAAAGUGAAGAAAUGGAGUAAUGGCAUCACGUGGGAGUUUGGCUAUUUGCAAAUUCCAUUUUCAUUCUUUUUAAUUGGUUAACAAUGAGUAAGGUUGAUUGAAUGAUUGUCAUUAAUCCAAAAGG